AUGGCGAGGGACAACCCUGAACUUUUGGUGAAUUGCUGUUUUCCUGGCCAGGUUGAGACAGAAACAGGUGUCAAAUUCGGAUCAAGGGCAAUACCUUUGAAGACGAUAGAAGAGGGAGCACGGAUUCCGGUUAGAUUGGCAGCUGAGGAUAUUGGCGGCAUUUCCGGGAAAUUUUGGAAGAAUUCUUCCCUUAGAGAGAAGGUUAUGAACAGGCUACUGAUUGGUGUGAUGAGAAUAGUUGGUCGCUGGAGGACAUAA